GCGGAACACACGGAGGAAGAACUCGGCGGCGGCUUCAGUCAUCAAAGGAUGGCGGCGCAGCAGCAGAAUUCGGCUCCGCGGUUCUUCACCGCCGUCCCUCCGGCCCCCGCCACCGUGCCGCGGAGACUCCCGCUCCUGAGCACCCCCGCCAACCCGCCGCUCCUGAGCACUCCAUCUACACCUGCGUUCUCCAGCAGCCCCUCUAACCCCCCGUUACAGAGCAGCUCGGUGACCCCGCCGUCACGGACCGCCGGCGCUAACCAGCCGCUGCUCAGCACUCCUGCUACGCCGCCGUUUACAGCCAUGAGAGGCUCGACCCCUGCGGUCAUACCUCCGUUCGGACGGAUGCCCUUCGACCCCAGCGUCCCGCCCCCUGUGGGCGGGGCACAUUUACAGAGGCCGCCGUUCUUACCGCCCCCCAUGGGCACCAUGCCGCCCCCCCCAGGACUGAUCUUCCCUCCUGGAAUCCCCCCCGCAGCAGCAGCAGCUCUGGCCUCAGCAGAGGAGAUCUGGGUGGAGAACAGGAGCGCUGAUGGGAAGGUGUACUACUAUAACGCUCGCACCCGGGAGUCGGCCUGGACCAAGCCCGAGGGCGUGAAGGUGAUCCAGCAGGUCGAGCUCACCCCGCUGAUUCUCGGCCAGGCCGCAACGCCCGGGGGCCCCGGCCCUUUGUCCAGCCUUCAGACCUCGGGGCCCGGGGCCACACACGUCACACAGUCCUCCGGCACGGCCGUCAGCUCCACCACCAGCACCAGCAUGACUGUGGUCGCUCCCCUCCACGCCAGGACCGGAAUGGAGGCGGAGCUCUCGUCCACCGUUACCGCCCCCCACAGCGCGGCCGUCGCCGUCACCGUGACGACAGGGGCGCAGCACCUUUCCAUGGUAUUGCCACACACGGUGCCCCAGCCCGCCCCCGCCAUCCCAGCAUUCCCUUCAGUGAUGGUGCCACCCUUCAGAGUGCCUCUGCCAGGCCUGCCCGUCCCACUGCCAGGUAUACUCCCUGGCAUGGUGCCUCCUCUCCUGCCCGUGGUUUCCUCUCAGAUGAUGGUGGCGGUGGCGGCGUUCUCAUCAGACUGGAGCGAGUUUAAGACGGCGGAGGGGAAAUCGUACUACCACAACAAGCGCACGCAGGAGACGACCUGGGAGAAACCGGAGCAGCUCCAGGAGAAAGAACCAGAGCUUGAGAAACCCAGUCAGGCUGCAGAGGACACGCUGGACCUGGAUCUCAUGCAGGUGGACCAUGGCUGCCCCAGGGUAGAUCCACCUAAAGAUCAGAAGGAGGAGCUGAAGGUGAUGGAGAUGACCGAGGAAGAGAAACUGGCUAAGAAAGCCAAACCCGUCGCCACCAACCCAAUUCCUGGCACCCCGUGGUGUGUGGUUUGGACAGGUGAUGAUCGUGUGUUCUUCUACAACCCCACCACGCGCCUCUCCAUGUGGGAGCGUCCGGAGGAGCUGGUAGGACGCGCUGAUGUGGACAAGAACAUUCAGGAACCUCCACACAAACGAGGCCUGGAGAACGGCCCGAAACCAGCCAUUUUUAAGCAGGAACCAGAUCUCACAGCUUCAGAAGAUCCAUCAGAAGAGGAAUCGAGUACGUCCAAGAGGAGAAAGAUUGAGGAGAAGGAGGAGACGGAGGUGCAGAAGGAGGCGGCGAUGGAGGCGGAGCUUAGAGCGGCGAGGGAGCGAGCGGUGGUUCCACAGGAGACCCGAAUGAACCAGUUUAAAGAGAUGCUGUUAGAGAGAGGGGUUUCAGCAUUCUCUACGUGGGAGAAGGAGCUUCACAAGAUCGUGUUUGAUCCACGCUACCUAUUACUAAACCCCAAAGAACGAAAACAGGUGUUUGAUCAGUACGUGAAGACCCGCGCUGAGGAGGAGAGGAAGGAGAAGAAGAACAAGAUCCUGCAGGCUAAAGACGACUUCAGGAAGAUGAUGGAGGAGGCCAGGCUGGGCGUCAGAACUACCUUCAGUGAGUUUGCGGUGAAGCACUCUCGAGACUCGCGCUUCAAAGCGAUAGAGAAGAUGAAGGACAGGGAGGCCAUGUUUACUGAGUUCAUGACCUUCACCAGGAGGAAGGAGAAGGAGAACUCCAGGAACCGAGGAGAGAAGGUGAAGCAGGACUUCUUCGAGCUGCUCUCUGAUUACCACGUGGACGCUCAGCAGCGCUGGAGUAAAGUGAAGGAGAGGAUGGAGACCGACCCUCGCUACAAAGCCGUGGAGACGUCAGCGACUCGAGAAGAACUGUUCAAGAGCUACGUGGAGAAGCUAACCAAGAACUGCAGUGUGGAGAAGGAGAAGGAGCUGGAGAAGCAGGCUCGGGUGGAGGCCAGUCUGAGGGAGCGGGAGCGGACGGUGCAGCAGUUCCGUUCUGAACAGACCAAAGAGAUCGACCGAGAGCGAGAGCAGCACAAACGAGAGGAAGCGGUUCAGCACUUCAAAGCUCUCCUGUCUGAUAUGGUGAGGUCCCCGGAUGCUAACUGGUCAGAGACGCGGCGCUCCCUGAGGAAGGACCACCGCUGGGAGUGCUGUGCUCUGUUAGAGCGGGAGGAGAAGGAGCGGCUCUUCAGCGAGCACGUCGAGGCUCUCGCCAAAAAAAAGAAGGAGCUCUUCCGGCAGCUGCUGGAUGAAACCACGCAGGUCACGCUGACGUCCACGUGGAAGGAGGUGAAGAGGAUCAUCAGAGAGGAUCCACGCUGUGUCAAGUUCUCCAGCAGCGAUCGAAAGCGGCAGCGAGAAUUUGAAGAUUAUCUGAAAGACAAACACAUCACGGCUAAAGCAGACUUCAGGACCCUGCUGAAGGAGACCAAGUUCAUCACCUACAGAUCUGGUAAGCUGAUGCUGGACUCUGAUCAGCACCUGGUGGACGUGACCCGGAUCCUGCAGAACGAUAAACGAUAUUUAGUUCUGGACUCCGUUCCUGAGGAGCGACACAAACUCCUCACGGCGUACGUGGAGGAGCUGGAGCGCAGGGGACCCCCACCGCCCCCUACAGCCUUCGAGCCUGGCCGCCGCUCCAAAAAGUGACCUCUGACCCCUCACACAGCACAUUUCAGACCCUCUGCUCUGUCCACCGCUGAGUCUGCAGAGUCUCGUUUAUCUCGGAGGCUCUGCUGGACCGAGAGAGGAGGUGCCAGUCAGAUUUCGGUACCGCCGUGGUGGGGGGCGAGUGGCCGCAGGUGUGGCUGCACAGAACGACUGUCUGAAACGGUUAGCGUGGUGCUGCGGGCGGGGCCCGAUUCCAAACCAGAGCUAACGCAGCUGAUCCCCCCGGCAUGAUGGACGUGUAUUAGCACGGCAGGACCAGCUGUGUUCAUGAUGUGCCAGGCUAAAUGCCCUGGGCGGGCGUGGCAGAGCGCAGAAGCACCUGAACACCAAAUCUGCUCCUCAUCAGAACCUGCAGCCUCAUCCCUGAACCUCAUGAUGCUUUAACCUGUACAGACGGUUCUGAUCUCGGUACCUCAGUGACCUGAUGGGUUCUAAUCUCAGUACCUCAGUGAUCUGGUGGGAUCCAGUGGGUUCUGAUCUCUGAUCCUCUGAUGAGACGUUUUGUUACUGAAGCCUACAGUUGCUUUAUUUCUGGUUUUAUUUAAUAUUUGGGUUGAAUCGUAAGAUAUUUUUUAAUAAACGUCGUCUCAUGAA